GACUCUGUCUCGUGCUCACACUUACUUCGGCCUACGUAACAGCGUGGCUCAUCGCAACAUCCGAAUUCGACCUACCACAACUCUUCAGUCUGAAGCAUCUUUCAUACCGACAUACACUGGACCACUCAUACCUCAACAUCCAAUCAACACGACGCUAUAUUCAUAUCUAUCAUCUAUACAUCCGACAUGCCUGCACCUAUUCCCGAUAUCGUCGGCAACUGGUUCCUCGUCAAGCCAUUGGGUUCUGGUGUUUCUGGAGCCACAUUUGAAGCUGUACACAUCCAUAACAACCAGCGCGUCGCUCUCAAAGUCCAAGACGUCGACAUCGAAUAUCCGACGAAUGCUCGCGAGCGUGACAUCUACUCUAGGAUACAGGGCGGCAAGGGAAUGCCGACACUGUGGGCUCAUGGUAUCGAGGGAAAGAACGAUUACUUGGCUUUGGACCUCCUUGGGAGCAGCUUGGAUGGGAUCUACAAGAAACAAGGGCGGAUUCUGGAUCUGAGGACGACCGUAUGCCUUGCCAUCCAAUUGGUGAGUCCUGAUCAUUUGUAUUCUUCUGCCAUCUUCCACCUUUCGCCUUCCGACAUACACGUUCGACAACGGAGUGACGUAACCUCUAACAUAAUCACCGUUGCUCUGCGUAUCACUCGGUUCAAGAUCGACCGGUUAGAGUGGAUGCAUUCAAGAGGUGUUCUUCAUCGCGAUAUCCAACUGGGUAAUAUUUGUCUGGGUCGCGAGCCCAAUGAACAAACGUUCUACAUGAUCGACUUUGGCUUCUCCAAGCUCUACAUUGACCCGAAAACGAAGAGGCAUGUACCGGAUACACCGCCGGUUUGCUUCAUCGGCAAUUACUGGUUCAGCAGCGCAAACGUUCAUAGUCGAGGCAAGGCCUCUUCCCGUCGAGACGAUCUCGAAGCCGCCGCUCUUCUCCUCAUACAUCUUCUUACUCCCAAUGGACUGCCCUGGACCCGCAAUGGCCUCCCAAAAACCGAAAAAGCUCACGAUCAUAUCAAGCGACAAAAGCGCACUACCAAACCAGACGAUCUCUGCAGAGGUCUGCCCGAGCAAUUUGAGGGGUUUUUGAGGUACUGCAGACGGUUGACAUUCACCGAACAGCCAAACUAUGGGCUGUGGAAGAAAAACUUUAGGGAGUUGGCGAGGGAGAGGGGCUUCACGGACAUAGAGAAUUAUGUGGACCCGUUGCUAGCUCUGUCCGGUGCUCAACCCAAGUGGCAAGCUCCCGAUUAUGCGCAAUUACUCCAGCGUGCACCAGCCCCGAACCUCGUACCUGCUCAAUUCCCACCAGCACCUGCACCUGUACCUACCGGACCACCAGCAUCGGACGAUCGCAUGCAGAACAUACUCCACGAUCUCGCUCAUCUCAAUCUCAAUACCCCCCGACCCCCUCUCGGCGACAGGAAGAAUGUUCAGCAGAGUCCCUCCAAAACCCAGCGACCGCUUCCGGCUGCCAUCCCCUACAAAAAACCUACACCACCUACUUAUGGCCAACAACCCGUCAUCAUUCUCGACAGCGAUGAUUCCGAUGAUCGGAGUGACAGUCGUGGUGGUCUGAGAGUGAUGCGCGGGAGGUUGGGCAAGGCCAGCCAAUUGAACCAGUUGGUGCGGGAGGCCAACGACGUGUCGGAUAACAAGACACUUGCCAAGCUGGUUGCUGAUUUCGUGAGGGUGUUACAAGACACGUCUUCGCGCACACUCACGAAAGAAGCGUUCUCCUUCCUCGACGCGCUACACAAGCAACUGUCCGACCCAUCAACGUUCGUCGGCCCACUACGGCAGACGAAACAGCGGCGGACACGGUCGAAAGGGUCAACCGUCACAAAUGCGAGCGAUGCCACUGGUGCUGGUGGGGUGAGUGGUACGGGUACGGGGAUGGUAGGGUCGACUUUGAGGGAGCAGAGGAGCAAGCUUUGGCUAUUGCGGACCGGUGUGAAGGGGGCGGGAAGCAAUGCUGCGCUGGGGAAGAUGGUGGCGGAAUUCGGGACAAUAGUGGACCAGAACGCAAACAAGACCUUGACAAAGGAUGGAUAUGCAUUUUUGGAAGGGAUGGCAGAGAGGUUGGGCACGAUUGCGAGCUGAUUGAUGACCUUUCCCGCCCAUUACCCUUGUCGCCUUAGCUUUGCCUACUACGAGGGUCCACCUCGACAGUCUUGUCAUAUUGUCUGCUUUCCCCUGUUCCACGCUCACUAUCGGGAACCCGACGAUGACUCUAGCUAUAUUAUGUGUCGCAACUUUGCUGUCGAUGGAGAAGCUAACUUCUCUUUACUGACUAUUGACCUGUACUCCUAUAUCUUGAUUUGUUUGUCUUGCUUUCUCCAUAUUAUCAUCAAAUUGUUUUGCAAUUUUUGUCGAUUUGUUCUAAUCAUUUAUCACGAUGUCU